AUGCACAGUAUCACCUCAACAGCUUCUGCCAUGGACGAUAUCGCUCGAUGGGUUCGUUCUCUUUAUCCCGAUAUCUAUGUUGUUUCAAUCGAAAUCGGAAAUGGAAAAGUCGAUUCAUAUCUUCUUCCAUUAGAUGUUCAAGUUGAAAAAUUUUGUGAAUCAAUCAAUUCGAAUCCACGACUUCGUGAAGGUUUCAAUCUUCUCGGUUAUUCUCAAGGUAGUAUCAUCGCUCGUGGUGCUGUUGAACGUUGUUCGUUGCCUGUCUAUAAUCUCAUAACUCUAAGUGGUAUUCAUCAAGGUGUUUUCGGUGUUCCUUAUCUUCUGCAAUUACCAAUCGAACUUCGAGAUUUACUAACAAAAUACGCGUAUGAAACGGCAAUACAAAACGCGAUUAGUCCAGCGAAUUACUGGCGCGAUCCUGAGCAAUUAGAUCGAUACUAUUCGAAUUGUCAUUAUCUUCCUGAUAUCAAUAAUGAACGAGGUACUCCGAAUGGAAUCUAUCGUGAAAAUAUCCUCAAAUUAAAUUCAUUUGUCAUGACUUAUUCAGACCUAGAUGAAGUUGUUAUGCCAAGACAAUCCGGUUUAUUUAUGGGUUAUAUGAAAAAUUCCUUAGAAAUUGAAACAUGGAAUAAUUCGAGACAAUUCACCGAAAAUUUAAUCGGAUUGCGAACUUGUUUCACACGUCAAACAUCAAGAUGUGACACACGAACUCAAUAA